AUGGAAUUUGAAUGUGGUAGAAGUGGUGGACCUUGUGGUGCGUGCAAGUUUCUGAGAAGAAAGUGUGUGAAAGAUAGUUGCAUAUUUGCACCCUAUUUUGAGUCAUCAGUUGAAGGAACUGCUCAUUUUGCUGCUAUUCACAAAGUGUUUGGUGCAAGCAAUGCAUCUAAGCUACUCAUGCAAAUUCCACUUCAUAAACGUCUUGAUGCUGUUCUUUCUCUCUGUUAUGAGGCUCUUGCUAGGGUUACUGACCCUGUUUAUGGCUGUGUUGCUCAUAUCUUCGCUCUUCAACAACAGGUUGUGAAGUUGCAAGCAGAGUUAGCCCAUGCACAAGCUCGUCUUUCCAUAUUGAAACGCAUCUCUAUAGAUCCUCAAUUUCAACACCCUCAAAGCUCUUCAUUAUCUCCAAAUCAACAUUCCUCUUUAUUAGAUCAUCGCCAUCAUCAUGUGUCAUCAAACAAUGAAAUUAAUGAUUACAUGUCCAUGCACUUUGAUAAUCAUCAUCCAACACCUUUUGAUAUAACCAACUUGCUCAAUCCAUCAUCCAGCUAUUCUUACCAUCAACAACUCCAUGACCAAGAAGUUUUGGCUCAAUUAUUUUAA